UCUUGCCGUGGGUCAGUGACGCCAUCUUGAAAUUGUCCCGACCAGAGGAUGCGAGGAAGGAGGCGGACUCCGGGGAAACGCUGCUCGUCCUGAACCCGAUAGCUUCACCAGCCACACGGAUUAACGACGGCUCUUUAGCGGUGGUUGCUAACAUUUGAUAGCGGUUGUUGAAUUCAGUUCGACGGGAAGAGGGAAGACCGUGCAACCUGCUUCGGAAAGGGCUAACGUGGCGGAGGGAGGGAGCCUCUUCAUCGGUUGUUUUCCUGUUGGGGGAGCGGACGGGGCUCUGGUUGUGGCCGGGCAGCGUCGCCGGACCUGUCGGGCGAAAACCGACACUUUGACGCGGAAUACAACAGCAGCGACACACGCGUCAAGCCUUUUCCACCAGAAGGAGAACGGGACACGAGUAUUUCGACGCCCUUUUGACGUUUUCCCAGCUCAUGCGACGGAGAAGUUUGAUUGGAGAGCGGAGCGCGCUCGGUUCCCAGUCCGAUGGAUGUUAGCCCUGUCCGGCUGUGGCUCGGCUCAUCCGCUCGGGAAACAACACCAGCAGGCACCGGUCAACACGUCGGUUCAUAACAAUGCUGCAGAGCUGGCAUGUCCAUGACAGCCGAGGCUUGAGCGCCAACAAGUCGCCCUCCAUUGCUCGUCUAUAAACCUGGAAAUACCAGCAGCCAUCAGCUCUUCAUCCUCCUCCUCCUCUUCCUCCGAUCCUUGUUUAUUUGGGGGGGGGGACAAGUGCAGUUUUGGGAUCUUCUGGAUUUUAGGCUCGGAUCUUUAAAGAUGCUCUUCCUGCAGAGACCCUCGGAGCACACAGACAUUUGAUUUGACUCAUUUGUUUUCGUGGGUUUCUCUUUUUUUUGUGUGUGUGUUGAGUUUUUUUUUAAUUCUCUUUUUAAUCAGUGGAUCAGAUUCGGAUGGAAAAUGGGAGACGCCACCAAACUGGCCUUCGCCGUGUUCCUCAUCUCCUGCUCUUCAGGUGCCAUCCUAGGACGCUCGGAGACUCAGGAGUGCGUGUUCUACAACUCAAGCUGGGAGAAGGAGCGCACCAACCGCAGCGGCAUCGAACCCUGCUACGGCGAGAAAGAUAAGCGGCGACACUGCUUCGCCACGUGGAAGAAUGUGUCAGGCAAUGUGGAGGUCGUCAAGCAAGGCUGCUGGCUGGAUGACGUCAACUGCUACGACAGUAAUGAGUGUGUGGAGAAGAAGGAGAGUCCCGACGUCUUCUUCUGCUGCUGCGAAGGCAACAUGUGCAACGAGAAGUUCCUGUAUACCCCUGAAGCUACCCCACAGAGCGACCCACACCAUUCGACCGCCUACACCACCUCCAACCCAUUUUCCCAGAAGCCCCAGCUCUUCAGCACUCUUCUUUACUCAUUGGUCCCCAUCAUAGGCCUGGCCGCUGUCGUCCUCUUCUCUUUCUGGAUGUGGAGACAUCACAAAUUGGCCUACCCAGCUGCCCUUGUCCCGACACAUGAUCCCGGUCCCUCACCUCCGUCUCCCAUUAUGGGACAGAAACCCCUGCAGCUGAUCGAGAUGAAAGCCAGGGGGCGCUUCGGGUGCGUGUGGAAGGCCCAGCUGCUGAGCGAUUAUGUGGCUGUUAAGAUCUUCCCGAUCCAGGACAAGCUGUCUUGGCAGAACGAGUACGAGAUGUACAGCGUGAACGGCAUGAAGCACGAGAACAUCCUCCACUUUAUCGGCGUGGAGAAGAGGAACAAUAACCUCGACCUGGAGCUGUGGCUCAUCACCACCUACCACGACAAGGGGUCGCUGACAGACUACCUGAAGGCCAACGUGGUGUCCUGGAACGAGCUCUGCCUCAUGGCCCAGUCGGCGGCCCGCGGCCUGGCCUACCUCCACGAGGAUAUCCCCGGGCACAAGGACGGACACAAGCCCUCCAUUGCUCACAGGGACAUUAAGACGAAGAAUGUGCUGUUGAAGAAUAAUCUGACAGCCUGCAUAGCUGACUUUGGCCUUGCUCUGAAGUUUGAGGCUGGAAAGUCAGCGGGAGACACACAUGGACAGGUGGGAACGCGGCGCUACAUGGCCCCCGAAGUCCUGGAGGGUGCCAUCAACUUCCAGCGCGACUCCUUCCUGCGUAUCGACAUGUACGCAUUUGGCCUCGUGCUCUGGGAGCUGGCGUCGCGGUGCACAGCCGCUGACGGCCCCGUGGAUGAGUACAUGCUCCCGUUUGAGGAGGAGGUGGGUCAGCAUCCGUCUCUGGAGGACAUGCAGGAAGUUGUCGUGCAUAAGAAACUGCGGCCCUGCCUGCGAGACUGCUGGCAGAAACACGCGGGUCUGGCCAUGCUCUGCGAAACCAUCGAGGACUGCUGGGACCACGAGGCGGAGGCUCGCCUGUCCGCCGGCUGCGUCGAGGAGCGCAUCGGCCAAAUGCAGCGCCAAGCCCCCAUCAUCGGCCCAGAGGAGAUCGUCACCGUUGUCACUAUGGUGACCAAUGUGGACCUCCCGCCCAAGGAGUCCAGCUUAUGAUCUGCCAAUCAGACGACACCCGAACGAGCUUGCAGAAACACGGAUCAACAAGAGGGGAUGAACAGCCGACCCUGGUUGGUUGGCGUAGUGGUUUUUUUUUCCUCACUUUCUUCCUUUACUUUUUUUUUCCUUUAAGUGCGGGCCGCUACUCGCGUUCAGGAAACACCCUGCGCCCACCUCACCACAUCAGUUUAUAUCCACCUCAUUUUGAUAUGUGUGCCUAAGGAUUUUAACAUUUUAACAGUCAAAGCUCUCUUCAUGCCGAGCAAACGAUUCAGGUUAUUUACGAUGACGGACGAAGUCACCGAGUGACAGAGCUGACAUGCUGGGAUGACGACGCUCAACACUUUUAUCAUGUCUUGUUUUUAUAUACAUGCGCAUACAUAGGAGGGCAACGUGUUCAGUUCGGUUUUCUACGGAGAGAGAGAGAGAAGAUCUUGCGGAGGAAUUUCACAGAACUCUCAGUGCAUUUUAGUGUAAAAAAGAAAAAAAGAAAAAGAAAAAAAGACCCGGCUCUCGAUACAUUAGCUGUUUUCUUGUGUGAGUUUUUUUUUUUGAAGAGACGAUUAUCGUUCUGCCAAUAAGCAACAGCUUCUGAAUGUUUAUAGUGUAAUGCUGCUGUACAUAGUGUAUUAUGGACCCAGACAACUUGGUAAUCGAGCUUAUUUUAAAGGGGUGAGGGGAGGGAUGGGGGAGGGUGGGGUCCAUUUUCAAGCAUUACAACGGUUUAAAAAAAAAAACCAUAAACCUCCUUCAACCAGGUAUACCUCAGUUCAGAUGGACACAGUUUAAAUUAGUCCCUCUCCCUCUGUUCACGGUCUAAGCUCACACUUCUCAACAACCUCGGCUCCUCGUGACAAACAAUCUGCUGUCGGCCAUGACGCGAGCGAGCGAAGCCUCGUAUUACAUGGCGGUUGAUACACACCGUUAAAAAAAAAAAAAAAAAGUGUCGCUCCCUUUUUCCUCCCCUUUCUCAGUCUCAUGUUUUAGUUUUGCUCCACGUUGAUUCGGGACUGAAUGAUAACGUUUUCCUUCUGUUAUUUUAAUUCUUUUUCAGAUUUUUAUUCUGACGAUGGGAAAGAAAAAAAAACACACCCCCCCUCAAGUUGUCGUUUAAAGUGAUUUUUUCUUUUCUUCCGUUUUUUUGGUUUGCUGUGUCAACUGUCAAUGGAGUAAUGAUAUCUUUCGCUGACAAGCCGUAUUUUGGCCAUGAGAUCCUAAUAUACAGUAUAUGUAUUUAUAUCUCUCUGGAUUAGCGCUGGGUACCAACCGAUGAUACCUUUCACGUUUGGUGUCCGUACCAAAUCAGAACUUGUUUAACACUUCAAGACUCUUGGAGCCUAAUCUUAUUGUUCUUUUCAUUUUGUGAAAUCACUUGUGUGUGGUCUGAUUCUCUUUAGAAAAAAACGCUGAUUAAUAACAAAAGAAAUCUUACAUUUUGGAAAGGUAUUAGAUUUUAAGUGCAGUUUUGAGGAAGUUUCCGGGCCCUACUUUGGAAUUGUACCUGUAUUUAGCUGAGCCAGCUUGCUUUUUGAUUUGAUUGCACACAUCUGUUUUUUGAAACACUAUCAAGAGUUUCUGCUCUCUUUUUGAUACACCUCAGGAAUCUUUGCUACUCGCCCCCACCUCCUCACAUCCUCUUCCCCCUCAUCCUCCUCAUCCUCACCUCUCUCGGACUGGAGUACUUCCUCCCUCACCGAUUCUUACUGCUGUCCCCUCCUCGCCUCGUCUCGACUCGUAAAGCUUUAGCCGUGCCGUUAUAAGACCAGUCCUUGUUGACCCCAAACAUCUGGUCUGGACUUCACCCUGAGAACUAGUUAGUUUAACACGCGUUUCCACUUUUUGCCCUUUGCAAACUACCCCACGCAGCUUUAGUUGUCGCUCCGUGUUUUCGCCAUCUUCACAAGCAAGCCAAAUAAGGUCUUUCUCCGACUCUGGUUCUAACCAGUCUUUCUACUGUUUUCAGUGUUAACACCUUUCUUCAGAUUUAAUUUCCCGCGUGUUGAUGUUUCCUUUUGAACUAGACAGACGGGUGGUGGGCGUGCGGGGUCCUGAAGCUCCUGAGAAACAGCUGUGUCGGAAAUCACUCUAUAGUCCGAAUGUUUCGUGAUAAUUGUAUUACCCUAUGUAGUGGACUUCUUGUAUCCCACAAUGCAUCGUGAAAAAUAGUGCACAGCCGAUGGUCAUUAACCAAGCAAUAUAUACCAUCAUGCAUUGAGCUUUUUUAUGGAUUAAAGCAAAACGACAGACAGACGAGAGGAAAGAAAAAAAAAAAGAAGAAAUGUGACAUGUCAGAAAAGCAUUUGAUUGAAAAUACCUGAAAGUUGUAGCAGAUGCUAAAUAUUUUCUUUUUAUUUAUGCAGGAAAAUGGGCUCAGUAUGUUCUGACGGCAAGUUUGAAUUGUUAUACAACAGUGAAGCACUUGCAGCGCAGAGAAACUGAAUCGAGAAGUGUCCCAGACUGUCCACGUGGAUCUCCCUACAUGCUGCGUAGGGAGGAGUGGUUUCUGACACAACCUGUAUCUCACGUGUUUCUUCGGAUUUUGACACGAGCUGCUUUAUUUUCCCCGAAAUACAAAAUGUGCUUAAAAAAACAACUGCUAGUUAGGUUCAGUUUUAUGUUCCUCACACAGGGCUGAUGUUAAUGUUUCUGUACUCCUGCUGACACUAACCAAAAGCGCAUGGCUAUAAACCGCAGUUAGACGAGGAACCUCUCUUUCUCUCUCUCAUCCUGGUGCCAUUUCUAUGUAUCCAUAUUAGUUACUCUUGUAGAUGUCAGGCAAAACGGAUGUAUCUGUCAUUGUUGUGAAGGUAACAAUGACAUUUUUGAUUCUUUAUUUUCCUCUGAGGGACAUUGAACACUGGUGCCGGCAGACCUGCAGUCUCUCCUCAAGUUUUGGGACGGUUUCGCAGCAUCGCUGUUUAAAAUCAAGCGGGUUUUUUUGGGGCCGGAACAUAUUCUGCUUUCUUUGUAUGCAUGUGUUUUUAUUGAGGAAAUCAGGAGCAAAGCAAAACACAAAAAAUGGAAUUGAUUAACGAUCAAUUGGAUGAAUUCUAAGCUAUAUUAGUUUAGCACUUACAUAUUUUCCAUCUAUCCUGUGAUACAUUUUUUAUUUAUGUCAGUUUUGUCACAACUGUAAUAACUUAAACAGCUUAAUUUUAAAAGUUGCCCUGACUAACAACAAAUUCAGGAAAUAGAGGAAACAAAAGUCAAUUAAAUUAAAUUUGAUUCCUGCUUCACCUCUAAAGGAAACGGCAAGUUUGAGACUAUUUCACCAACACAGCAAACCUGAAGGAAGUCAAAGCCAUCACCUUCAUAUUUACUUAUUGUAGCACGGGUACAGUAUUUGCAUCGAUAUUGCUUCCAUUUGCUGUUUUUCAACUCACUGCGAUUCGGGAACAGCCGUCUUAGGUCCGCGUGAGGCUUGAAGAGUUAUGGACGAUCAGUAUGGCGAACCCCAGCAGCCCUUCAAAAAGUACUACCUCACUCACAGGGAUUUCUUUGAGAGUAGAAAGUAUGGCAAAAAAAGAGGAAACAAUUACUAGUUUCCUUCCAUUGUAAAGAGAUAAAACAUUUCCUGAAUUGGGAUAAAGUUUCGGUUUCUUAUAAGUUUGAGACUGACGAAGCAAAUUAGGGUUAAAAAGAAGUUUCUUCAUUUUUACUUUUACGUAUUAUCUUCGGUGAAAGUUUGACAUUAUUGUACAAGGCUUAAGAAGAGCAAGAUCAUUUAAAGCAACACUAUUCAACUUUUUCUGAGCGGCAGCGCCCUCUGCAGCCACACAUGGUUUUUAUGUAAACAAAGCUCUUACCCAUGAUCCCCUAGCUCCUGAAGGAGAUAAGUUGAAUAUCCAAUCAAUCAAAUUUUAUUUGUAUAGCCCAUAUUAAGAGGGGGGAAAGAAUGUAACAUUGGAUAUAAACACUGGUUUUUAAGUGUUUUUAAUCUGUUCUGCAGAAUAAUUCAGAUCGUGUCCAAUCACCAAAGUUAGAUGGAGCAAGAAUAGACUUCCAGGGGAGCAGUGGGAGUAAAAGAUUAUUUCAAGCUAAAAAUGUUGCAUAAUGUUGCUUUAAAAGGAAUGCAGCGUAGUAGUAUUGCAAUAUUAAGAGUAUUGCUCUGUUUUUCCUCCCAACGUUUAUGUCCUCACCAGUAUUUUAACAACCACGUGGAUAUUUCUUUUAAAAAGCCUCCAGAUGUUUGGUUGGUUACCUGCCAAAGUGGCUGAUAGUGAUCAGCCACAACUAAAACACAAACAAACAAAUAAUGUGCCAGCAGUAGUUUGGCGGUCACACCCCGGUACUGUGGGACAGUGGAAGAUGUUGAUUUCAGUUUGACAGCUUGAGUUUAAACUGCGCCUGAGAAACCGACCCAAACCGACAAAAUACCAUUCAGGGAUUCAGUACUAUGCUUUUCUAAGUUUUAGCGAGUUAUAUGCAACCAGUGCCGCAAACUACCCUACACUUCUGUAGGAUCAGCUGCAGGAGUGACUUUCAAUGCACACACACACACACAACACACAUAAACAAAUAACUUGUAGCAUUUUAAUUUCUCUUUUUUUUUUUUUAAUCUGUGACCUUGCAUAUUGAUAUAUUGUAUUUAUUUUUUAAUUUACAGGCCUGAGGUUUUGGGGAUCAGAGCUCAGGUGCAACUCAGAAUAAUGUUGCAAGAGUUGGCACGUUUUACGGUUGUCGUUGUUGUUGUUGUUGUCGGGAGGGGGGGGGGUUUGGGGGGGUUUUCGGUUGUAAUUCAGGAAAAACUUCAUUAAUUCUAAAAAGAAAAAGAUAUAAAGUGUAACAUGCAUCUUUCUAUUCAGUCUAUGGACAAAAACGACCGAGAAUGAAUGUUCUUCAGACUCCUGGAUUCCAGUAUUGUGUGUACUUUGAUGGAUUGAGCCCGGCCCUGUGUAACUUUUAGAGGGCUUUGCGUCUGGCUGGUUUCGUGUGAUUGUGCCCCGUCGCUGAAGAAAAGGAGUAAAACGGACGCACGAGAUCCAUUCACACGCCAUUUAUACGGUUACAGAUGAGCUUCAUCUCCUCGGUUCCCCUCAGGACGUCACUAUCCUCACAAACCUGCUGUCUCCACUCAAUAUCAAAACUUUGUUGUUAAACGGUGUAUGAAUGGAUUUCUCUGCGUGCAGGCUUUACGUCUUUUUCUAUCUCGACCUGUUCCGGCCCAGCCCCUCACAUUGCUGUGCAUAUAAACUACCAGUGAAACAUUUGUGUCUUGUUGCCCCCACUAUUUUAAGCAGUCUAGGAUCUGUACAGACAUGAGAUCAUAAAUACCUGUAUCAACUAUAUACUCUUGAGCUGAAUCUUUAUAAGUGCGUGUUGAACUUCAGUGUUUCCUCUACAUUCAUGUAUACUUUUUUCUUGUGUUUAUGACUCGGCAGCGGGGGGUGGGGUCUGGCCCGGCUGCGCGAUAAAUGUCCGUCACUAUGCGAAAAAUAACUUUUAAGUUGAGCUUUGUGUAAGCUGAAAGCUAGAGGCUCACUUGUGAUGGAAAGAAAGACAGAAAGAAAGCACUUACGGAUUCAUCAGCAGAAAAUAAACGUUUUGAAUGAUAAGCCUCAGGCGUUCCGAAAAGGAACCGAUUCGGUCCCCUAAUGGUUGUAUUUUGAAGAACCCCAGAAGCUCUUGAAGAGCAGUUGCAAUACUCCAUAUGUGAUAGUACAAUCAUCCACUACAGGUAUUUCAUUCCAGCAUCUCAAUCUCCUGCUUUUUUCCCACUUGUUGGUAAGAAUUUUAGAGGAAACAUUGAACUCCGGUGACCUGGCCACCAAGACUGUCUUGGCAGCAAGAUGGGUCUGGUUGUCAGGCCUGAAAUUUCUACAAAAGAAAAAGAAUACAAAAACACUAAGGAAUUUUUGACCCCACAUUACUCGAGGCGUUGAAGUUGCAUCGCUGCUCCAGGAUCUGCCAAUGCAGCCUCUAACGGUAAUGGCGUUGAAAGGGUUUCUGGUUUUCAAAGCUGGAAGAAAAAGUGAUAAAUCGGAUCAUUUAUUUUGUUCAUGAAACUUCACUGGGUUGUUUUAUUAAAUUGUGAAAACCUCUUGUUUCUUUACUCCUCAAACUUGAAACUCUACGUUUUAUGUUACUGAUCAAAAUGUGAAAUAGGACAUAAGAAACCGAGGCAUAGAAUUUCAAACUGGAAAAUUGACAACAAAAAGAAUCCCUCUGCGUGUUCUUGAGCAAGAGUUGAGUCUUUACCAGCUCCAGGGUUUCUCACCCUGACCUCUGACCUUUUGGCCUCCCAGUGAAGGGACAAGGGAGGUUCAGAGAGAAGGCAGAUUCCCUUUGCCAAGUAUUAUAAUAGAAGGAAAACAUUCAGAAACCCCUGGACUCAUUAUCACAGAGGAGACAGAAUUGAUCCUUGAUCAGCGCUGUGACUCCCGGCUCAUGUUCGCCGGCCAUGGUUUUUAUCAGCUGAAGAAAUCCACGUGAUGUAAAUAAAUGUGUUUUUAGAUUGUGAA